AUGUUAGGGAGCUUAUUCGGUUGGAUCUCGCUCCUCUUUGAGCCACUGGCCUUUCAAGUUCCUCUGAUCGAACCUCAACCCAGACUCAAGGCAGAGAAUGGUACAGCCAUUCCCGUCCAGGGCGCCUGGCAAGAUAUCAUCACCGGUCAUUAUGCGAUCCCUCCUAUAUUGAAAAUCCAUGAUCGGAACAGUGUUGUCAAAUGGAGUUGGCAGCGAGAAGAUGUCACUCAACCCAUCCCACCUCUGAUUCAGAGUGGUUUAUAUAGCGAUUACAACGAUGCGACCGAUAUGAAAUGGAUGCGAGGCGGUAAAAGCGUGGCUGCCGUCUACAGUGCCCUCAUCGUCGUCAUCAACCACACCCCCGAUCAACCCUCCACCGAUAAGAAAAUCACAUUUGCCCUCAACAGAGCAAAUGAUGUCCUAAACAAUGCCCAUACCAUCGAGCCUUUGCCCGGUGAUCGCCUGGCUGUCGGAACCACCGGACAGCGACCCUGGGACGGCAUUUUGGUCUACAACAUGAGCGAGACUCUUCCCCUCGUCGAUGAACCUCCCGUAUUGCAAAGGAUUGAAGGUCUCCGGGCCAUUCACGCCAUGAUUUGGGAUGAGCAGGGUCAGAUGUUGUGGGCGACCGGCACCGAUGCCGCCGCCGAUGGCUCCGAUCCCGUUCCGGCCUACGGCGUCAUUCAGGGAUACCCCUUCGAUGCCGAGACGGGCCUACUCGGUGUGGAUGAAGCCUAUCGAUUCCGAUUCCCGGAGUAUUAUGAUAUCGACAUCGAAUGGGGACAUGGAUACAGUUGGUGGUCCGGGCCCCAUGAUCUCGUCCCCGUCCCCAAUGAACGAGUAUUUCUCGUCUCCAACGAUAUCGGUCUCCACGCCUUCGAUAUCGAUAAAAUGAAAUUUACCGCCGAAUACGAUGAAGUCAUCGAGAGAUAUAUGCCCGGAUUCGAGGUCACCACCAACGAUCGUCACGGGAUCAACCGCCAGGGAGAAUACGUGGAGUUGCCGCAGUCGGACCUCAAGGGUUUCAGUCUGGCCCCCGACGGAAGCUACCUAUACACUCAGUCUCUAUGGCGACUAUACCGAGGGAACCAUACCAGUCUCGUGGUCGAUGGCGUGCGUCACCAGAUCAUGAAAGGGAAUGAAAUCUAUCGGUCGCGAUGGUUCGGAGACAUCGAUGGCUGGCCCAAACCAAAGACAUAAAGAGUGCCUUUGGAGAUGUGAACCAAGUUCAGUUGUACAGCACCUCGCCCUGGUGGGCUCCAAUAUACCUAAAUCUUGAUAAUGAACAUUCAAGCGAUGGCACAUUUUCGCCUUGUCAUGCACCAUGCCUCGUUGACCUACAAUAUCCGAUCUCACCUCCCCGGUCUUGAUUUCUCAAGCGCUACCCAAAUUCCUUUUUUUUUUUUCUUUCCCGUUAGAAUAGAGCUUGCUGACCCCGGGAGAGGCGUCUUAUUACUUUUUCUUUGUGCUACAAUAAAUAUUUAAAUACCCGUGGAAUCAGA